AUGCCCUUAACGGGACUUCCACAAUUGGGGCAAAGUCGCUCCUUUCACAGCAAUCCACGAUCAGUGAGCCAUUCGCCGAAUUCCUUUUUCGACUUCGAUGCAAGCUCCGGCCAAGUGGAAGUUGACGCCUUUGCGCCUGUUGUGCUCGAUGAUCUUUUUCGCGCUCUGAGUGCAGUUGGCACAGUCGAAGUUCCCGACACGAAUGGCACUAAAGACACGUUUGAAAGACGAAUACGAGAGAAUAGUGCGGAAAGGUUAAGACCACUAAGGUUUCUCUUUCACCUUAAUGUCUACAAUGACUGGACUAUAAAAAAAAGGACUCUACGUGAACAUUUUUAA